GGCGAGUGCAUGAGUUGUCGUACAUUGAGCCUUGGUGGUCGGAUGGCGUUUUGAGAGUUGCCUUCCUUGUUGUUUUAUCGUUGCGUGGCUUUCUUCCGGGGAACUUCGUUGGUUUUGUGUCCAAUCGCGGCUAGCCUCUUGUAGUCAACGCUAGUCAAUUGGGGAUAGCCCUCGCUGUCUAGAGCUUGGGCUUGCUGCCUUACCGAGGUCUAGUUUCUUUGUUAACAAUGGCAGACCAGUUUUUGAACCACUUGAGAACACUCGAAGAUUGCGACCGGCAGCUUCAGUCCCCAGCGGCAGCACUACUCACAGCCGAGGAACAGGAACAUCUGAAAACCUGUGAACGCUUAAUUAUUGAAGCCGAGGAAGCUGAGCAGGACGCUAUCAGUUUGCUCAAGCCGGGCAAGACCAAAGCAACGAAAGAGGCGUAUUUGCAGUCGGUUGCCCGCUAUAAGAAAGCCACGGCAGAAGUAAUUCGAGAGAUUGAGCGCAGGCAGCCAUUUUAUCUGGAACUGCGGGCUCGGGAAGACACACGUCGCGCCAUCUUCAUGCGCAAGUCACAGCUCAGCCAGGCCUUCGCGGCUGGGGCGAUCGUUACGACCCAGGAGGGACACGGUGCGCUGGCGCCGGUCCCACAAGGUGAGCCUCCGGCUGGUGGGGCAACGGGACAGGGACCAGCGGGGUUGGGACAACCGGCAGCAGCAGUUCAGCCGAUACCAGCGGCAGCAGCAGCGAGGCAGGUUGCAACCGCAGCAGCAGCAGCAGCAACCACGGUGCCCGUACAAUACGCACAUGUGCUGGAUAUUGAGGAACAGGUGGAUACCGAGGGCUUCCCGGCCCUAGCUCAGACACUAGGCCCGUUGGCGCCCCCUGCCUUUAGACAGGCGGCGCCCCAAGGGGCCUCUCACGUCUUGACAGAGCGCCCGGAAAGGGGAGUGAGGAGGGCGGUGGAAGGUCCGCUGGAGGCGGCGGUGCUGCCGCCAAGCAAGGUCCCCCGGCGCCUGACGGUCCAGGGCGCCGGCAUCUUGGACUCCUGGCUGGACACGUUGGCGACGGGGCCGGGCGCGGGCAUGACGGCAACGGGGGCUCAACGGUCGGCGCUGGGACCGUUCGAGAAGACCCUUACCUCCAGCAUUGACAUGGAGGACACCGCGGCCAUGGCGCCAUUCAUGAGCGAGUUGCUAGCGGUAGCGGGUGUGCAGCGGCUGUCUACCAACCAAGACAUCUUCAACAGUCAUGCCAAGAGCGUCAUCAGCGCUACAAGCGGGCGCAGGAGGCGCAGCAGGUCCAGUCCGAGGUCAGCAAGCUCACGCGCUACACUACCUUUCCCAAGGCCAUGCGUUGGCUAAAGGAGGGAGACCCGGAUAAGCUCAACCUACUGCGCGGCCUCUCCUCUUUCAGCAAGGAGGACUUGACCGACAUCCUGCGCAGCGCGACGGGUCAAGGCACCUCCAGCAACCGAGCAGCGGCCAGGGAGGCGCCCCUCCCGCUUCCGAGCAGCGGGUCCGCAGGCAGCCACGGCGAUGCACAAUAGCGCUGUUUUGUCUGCGACGCGACGGGCCACAGGUUCCACAACUGGCCCACGCUGGUAGGCCUCCCGGAGGAUGAGCGUGACAGGAAGCUAGCGGCGGCGCGCAGGCGCAUGCCGCGGAGGAACUAGGAACUUCAUGCGCCCGCCAGGGACAUGGCGGGUGCCCCAGACGCCGCCGCCGCGGGGGGCGGUGGCGCGGGGUGGCUAGCGGGCGCAUCGGGCGGCAUGGGCGACACUCAUGCAGGUAGGCCACCCCAGGGCGGUGUGGGAGACACCAUGAGGGCGGGCCGUACGUUAGACCUCCCCAAGGUGAAAUGGGACAACCCUAUCCCAGGGCGAAGUGGGAUACUUUUGCGCCUCCCCAUAGCGAUAUGGGACAACCCAAUCCCAGGGUGAAGUGGGACCUUUAGUGCCUACCCAAGGCUAAAUGGAAAAACCCUAUCCCAGGGCGAAGUGGGAUACUUAGGCGCCUCCCCAUAGCGAUAUGGGACAACCCAAUCCCAGGGUGAAGUGGGACUUUUAGUGCCUACCCAAGGCUAAAUGGGAAAACCCGAUCUCAGGGCGAAGUGAGAUACGUUUGUGCCUUCCCAAGGCGAUAUGGGACAACCCAAUCCCAGGGCGAAAUGGGAUACCUGUGUACCACCCAAGGCGAUAACAACCCAAUUCCAGGGCGAAGUGGGUAUCUUAUGGGCCUCCUCACCUUCCUCCGGCCCAUCUCCCUAUCGCUCGUGCAGUGAACAGCAGCAGGCUGUUGGGACACGUGGUGGAGACGGAUGGCCGGUGGUCAGAGGCGCUGGUAGGGCCCCUGGAGGCUUUGUACGCAGCGGCGCUGGCCCUGAGACAGGGAGCCAUGGUGGCGGAACAUGGCCAGCCGGUGGCGACAUCCUCAAUGGCAGAUCCAGUCGGCAGGCCAUCGGUAGAACAUGGGAGCAGCAGCACCGUGGCGCCUGCAGCGCCGCAGGGAGGUGCAGUGGCAGGGGCGAGCAGCG